AACGCACCAUCUGGCCCCUCCUACAUCCGGUAAGAAACCGCUAUCUGUCAGAAAAAAAUAUCCCGAGCUGGGAACCGCUACACGGACACACUUUACCGUCUCCACCGCCGCUUAAUCCGCGUUUAUUUUCGGGGUUUGGAGCCUCUCCGGACACACAGAAAGGACAUGCCCGGUCGGAGGUAACCGUCCCCGGGCUGCUGCUGCCUCCUCAGCCGGCUGAAGGACAGGGGCAGGACGGACAGACGCAGAUGGAGAGGCCGGGCAGGCUGCUGCUGCUGUCCGAGCUCCGCGUCAGAAACGCCGCGUACGAUGUGAGCCUGAGCCGGGUCCUGCUCACCUGGAAGAGACGGAUCUCCAGCCCGGUGUACCACCCGUUCAGACCCAGUGUGUAUCACAGCGUGUCAGUGUCAGAGAUCAUCGCCGUCAGAGAGGAAGAGGAGGAGAACAGCAGCAGACGAAGAGACGAUGGCAGCUGGAAAAAGAUCAAAGAGAGAGAGGGAAAGGACUGCAGGCAGGCCUUCACAGUGUUGUACGUGGAGAGGGGUCGGCAGCACCGCUGGCGGUGUGCUGAGGUCACCUUCACGUGUCCAGAGGGGGCGCUGUGUCAACGCUGGGUCAGCAGCAUCAGAGAGCAGCUCGCCGCUAACACCAGCAGACCCAAACACCUGCUGGUCUACAUCAACCCAUACGGCGGGAAGCGACAGGGCAAACGCAUCUACGAGCAGAAGGUCGCGCCGCUGUUCGCAGAGGCCGGCAUCUCCACGGACGUCAUCGUGACGGAGUACGCCAACCAUGCGAGGGAUCACCUGAGGACGGAGGCGGAGCUGAAGAAGUUUGACGGUGUGGUGUGCGUCGGAGGUGACGGCAUGUUCAGCGAGAUCAUCCACGGGCUGAUCUGGAGGACGCAGAUCGACGGCAGCGUGGAUCCAAACUGUCCGGAUGAAACGCUGCUUCCCUGCUCACUUCGCAUUGGGAUCAUUCCUGCAGGUUCAACAGACUGUAUCUGCUUCGCCACCGUCGGCACCAACGACCCCGUGACCUCUGCCCUGCACAUCAUAGUGGGAGACUCUCAGCCGAUGGACGUCUGCUCAGUUCACCACAACAACACCUUCCUGCGAUACUCUGUCUCCCUGCUGGGAUACGGUUUCUACGGUGACGUGCUAACUGACAGCGAGAGGAAGAGAUGGAUGGGACCGGCCAGAUACGACUUCUCAGGUCUGAAAAUGUUCCUGACUCAUCAUUAUUAUGAAGGAACAGUGUCCUACCUGCCGGCCAGAGGCAUCAUAGGAACGCCGCGAGACACCACCAGGUGUCGAUCAGGCUGUGUGGUUUGUCAGCACAACGGGCAGCUACUUUCAGAGAGAUCCGAGAGGUACAAGAUGGAUGAAGCGUCAGAGAGCGAGAGUGACGACGAGUGGAGGACGAUCCGAGGAAAGUUCCUGGCUAUAAAUGCUGCAAGUAUGAGCUGUGCAUGUCCACGCAGCCCCAAAGGCCUCUCGCCUGCCGCUCACCUGGCCGACGGAACCACUGACCUCAUCCUGGUCCGAAAGUGUUCCCGCUUCAAUUUCCUCAGACAUCUCCUCCGACACACCAGCAAAGACGACCAGUUUGACAUGACCUUUGUCGAGGUCCACCGGGUGCGGCGUUUCCGCUUCACGCCUCGUCACUGCCAGAGCGACUCAGAACUGGAGCUCGACCUGCAGGAGAGCGGCAAACGCCAGAUCUUCAGCCAGAUCUGCCGAGACCACCCAGCUUGUGGCUGUGCUCCCGCCUACAGCAGCUGGAACUGCGACGGCGAGAUCCUGACCCACACGGCCAUCGACGUCAGAGCGCACUGCCAGUUGAUCAAGCUGUUUGCACGAGGGAUUGAAGAACAAGCAGUGUUUGAGGAUCUCACCAACCCCUGUGCAAUAUAGACCCAAGCCCCCAUUAUUCCCUGUCAGACACUGGAGUCUUCUGUUUGCCGCCGCCGCCAUCAUGCAACACUUCACCAGGAGACUCAACAGGAUCUGCUGUGACAGAAUUUUACUCUCUGGAUCUUGAAGUCCAAAAUGAGUUUCAUUAAAUCGCCCUGGACAGCUUUAAAUCCAUUUCUUGAAAAGUAGCAUCUGUCUUUGGGAAACAGUCACAAAUUUAAAAACCCAGAGAGUAAAGAUUCACCCUCAGAUUUUAGGUUUGUUGUGGGUGACACUGUUGGUGUUUUUGGUGUGAACAGCUUGAAUGGCUGCUCAGUGUCUGGCACCAGAUUUAGUUUUAAUAUUGCACUCCAUUCCUGAAAGUUAGAUCUACUCUGUUUGACAGAAGUUUUCCUCCAUUAUCCUCAGAUCUUGACUUAAUCUUGGGGUCUUAGGUCACAAAUGUGUAACCAGACUACAACUGCUAUAGUUGGAAAUAGGUCAAAGCAACAUGGACUCGUUGUGUAUCUGUCUCUCACUGCCUGUAGAAUGAUCUUCAGUCCAGUUUUAACCUCGUCUGGUCUGUUGUCGUCUUGUGGCAGUCUGGACUUUGGUUUUGUUGAUGCUUUGACUUGCACUUGUUUUGACUCAGACUUGUCUUGGUCUGGUUUUUAUCUGGACUCGUGCCACUGCCUUUUUGUGUGGACUCAAAACUUUUCAUCAAGCUGACUUGACUCUGACGGUCUCUGUCUUGUGGAUGUUUUUACCUGGACUUGUCUUGGUCUCAGGUGUCUGGAUUCAGAUUUGUCUUAGUCUUGCGGAUAGUUUGAGCUGGACUUUUGGCUCCAUCCCAUAGGUACCGUCUCGUGUCCAUUUUGACUCAGACUUGUAAUCUUGUGACUCUGACUUGUCUUGAUGCUGUAAGAGUUGUCUUGGCUGUGUGGACACUCUAACCUUUUGUGGUGUCAUGAGUGUUUUGACUCUGACCUGUUACAGACUCCAGACUGGUCUUGGCUUUGACUUGAUCACAAAACUGCUCAGACUUGGACGUGUCUACGACUCAAUUUAAGCGACAAUCUGGAGAGAUUUUUUUCUGUUUUCUCAGACUUGUCUUGGACUUGUGAUUGUUUCGACUUCGACUUUGGCUACCAGUUCCUCUAAACUGUAACUGUAGUCUUGACAUGAUCUCGAUCCUUAUUUGGACUUGAAACUGAAACUGGUUUGACCUGGACUUGACUUACAUUGCCUGUUGAUUUAUGUCUAGAUUUAUUUGUAAUGUUAUUUUUUGACAUUCUUUAGUAGUGCUGUAGUACUUAAGUUGGGUCUCAGUCUCAAUUGCAAUCUCGUUUAUUCUCUCAUCUCGGACGAGUCUUGUGGGUGCGUUGACUUGACUCUGACUUGUCUCAAACUCAACUUAAGGGGCCUUGACUGCAGCCCUCCAUAAGUAGAUUAGAAACUGUUUCAUAAUUGUUAGCUUAUUUGCACUUUUAGAUAGUUUGAAUUAUUUUUAUUACUCAGAAAAACUCUGGAAUUGGAAUUAUCUGUUACAGGUCUUAAGGAUGCCAGACACCUGCCAGUCAUUCCCAGGGUCAUGUGGUCACUAGCGGUCAUGGGUUGAUUCACAUUCACGAAAAGUAGAGAGUAAAUCUCACGAACAUGGUCAGUACUUGGAAGGGAAAAAUAACGCUGACAGGUGAUUUAUUUUCCACUGUUGACUUUUCUUUUUAACGAUCACCGUCUAUGUUCCUCAGCUUUGUGAAAGUUUCUGUUACAUUCUGCUUCCCAAACACAUCCAUCAGAAGUUAUCUCCACAUUUCCAUCAUUUCUCAGGAAAACCUGAGCUCAAUCGUAGCUAUGAAAUUGUAUUUUUACAUAUAUUAAUUCCCAGCAAUUUAGGAAAUAAAGAGAAAAAUCUCAAGUUUUAAUUUUAGUCAAGAAUGAAAAAAUGAAAUGAAAAAAAAUGUUGUGUCAGUCAAGCUGGUCGUGGCUGAGUAAGCUCAACAGCGCACAUGUGAAUGUUUUUAAUCUUCCAUUUCUGCUCGAUAUGCAAAUGAACUCAUAGAAAA